UAAAAGGACCAGCGAGCGCAGGAUCUCGGCAUCCUCGGCACCGAGUGAGUACAGCAACGCAAACUCCGGACUCGCCAACCCGACUGAAAACCACUCCGAGGGAUUUCCCACCUCUUGAUCGACCGCCAUGCUUGCCGAGCGCCACUGCAGCUUCCUGUCCGACUUUGAGGACGCGUGCAGCGCCUGGGUGGACAGCGUGGAGUCCAACCGCUACGACGUCAACGAGGCCGACCUAACAGUUGUCUCACCGGGAACCGACGCCUCAGACUCAGAUUUCUUCUCUGACUUCAGCGACUCAGACUCGCUCUCUCCCUCCUUCGACUUCAGCGGCAGCCUCGUGCCUGAGCCGCCUGCACCGCCGGCCGUGGGGCUGAGCAGCACAGCGGACGCCAUCCUCAACAUGAUCACGGAGAUUGUGGGAAUCUGCACCGAAGUGGAGCAGCAGGGGGACGUCGCCUACCCUCCUUUGGCCACCGUCAAGAGCGAGUCUGCCGGCUCCAGCUGCAGGGCCGAAUACCUCGCAAUGGCGCCUGCUUCGGACUUUAUCGAGACUCUUCUGAGUCAAGACGCGGGUCAGGGCGAGACGAAGGCAUUGGAGGUCAAGCAGGAAGUGGUGGCACCGGAAGACUGGCUGAAGAACUGGAAAGUUGGCACUGGAGGAGACCACGUCAAAAUGGAGGUGGACCUCCACUGUGCCGCCCCCUCCACCCUUGACCCCGACCUAUUGUCGUCCCUCCUGCACGGCGCCUUCCCAACCGUGCACUUGAGCAGCGUGACAGCGGGCGGCAAUGUGUCCCGGAAAGGCCGCAGGGCUCUGGCCAAGAGCGGCACGAAGGCCAAAGCGUUCCCGUGCUCGGUGGAAGGUUGCGAGCGCCGCUUCUCACGCUCGGACGAACUCAACAGGCACGUGCGCGUCCACACGGGACAGAAGCCCUUCCAGUGCGGCGUGUGCGCGAGGAGCUUCAGCCGUAGCGACCACCUGACCACGCACACGCGCACGCACACGGGAGAGAAGCCCUUCUCUUGCGACGUGUGCGGCAAGCGUUUCGCACGCAGCGACGAGAGGAAGCGGCACGGGCGCGUGCACAUCAAGCAACAGCUGCGAGCGCAGAUGAUGGCCGCCUAUUCGCUUGCCGUGGGCGCCGUGUGAGGCGCGGCGCAGCAUCCAAUGGAGCGUGCCACGGUGGUGGCGUUGGCAAAACCUUCGGGACCUGAAGAAGGUCCACUUUUGGCCUCCUCACGAGACGCACGUGGGCCCAGCAGGUGCAUGCUGGGAGUCAGAAACGAGGCUUGGACGGGUCCAAUAGACUUUCCUGCAUGAGGGUGAAAAGUGACGUGACCUCCAUGUUUGUACAAUAGCUCUAUUUUUCUAGAUGUUUCUAUGACAUGUCAUGUGACUUUUCAGUGACGUGGA